AUGGAGAAGCCUGUGGUGGUCAUCACCGGAGUCACGGGCUACUUGGGCUCGGCGACCUGCCUGGCUUUCCUGCAGGACGGCUCCUUCUCCGUGCGCGGCACGGUGCGAAGCACCAGCAACGAGAAGAAGCUGCAGCCGCUGAAGCUCGGCCUCGGCGAGCUCUUUGCUGGGCUGGAGCUGGUGGAAGCGGAUCUCAGCGACGAAGACUCGCUGAUCAAGGCGUGCGUGGGCGCCACUUUUGUGGUGCACACCGCCUCGCCGUUCCACUUCAAGGGGGGCUGUGUGAAGCCGGCCGUCAAAGGCACCACUGCGGUGAUGAAGGCCUGCAGCGUGCACAAGGUGAAGCGGUGUGUGGUCACCUCCUCCUGUGCUGCAAUGCAGGCGCCAGCUGCAGAGGAGCUGGGAAGCCAAGCAAUAUAUUGGAGAAGAGGUGAAGACAAGCCAGUGCCACCUGCAGCGUACAACGAGACCUGCUGGUCCAACCCCGAGCGACCUGAGGGCUUGCACGACUACAUGAAGAGCAAGACUUGGGCAGAGAGGGCUGCGUGGGAUUAUCAGAAGGCCAACCCAGGCUUUGACCUGGUCACAAUCCUGCCUUGCUUCAUUAUGGGCCCAGCGCCCUGUGACGGAGAAGGUACCUCGGUGAGCUACAUGCUGGACAUUCUGAAGGGGAAGAAGGCGGAGAUCCCCCGGAAUAGCUCGAGCUUCGUGGACGUCCGGGAUUGCGCCGCCGCGCAUCUCAAGGCGAUUCUGCUGCCAGAGGCGGCCAACCAGCGCUUCAUCUUGUACAACCAGCGAGUUUUGUUGCGAGAUGUCUACGGUUGGCUGGCCAAGUACAAUGAGAAGGGCGCCAAAGUUCCCACCAAGCUGGCGGAGGGGGAGGAUUCCAUGGAUGGAGAUUUGAUCGACAAUACCAAGUCCAGGGAGGUGCUGAAGAUAGAGUACACGCCUAUGGAGAAGACGUUCUGCGAUGCAGCAGAAUAUCUUCUAUCUGUGGGUGCUGUUUGA